GAGUCGAAAUCCAUUACAAUGUAAAAAUCACGCUCGACACCUGACACAAACAGAUAAGGUCGAUCCUAGUGUGCAUACCGUCGCACAUACCACCCAUAGAGCUGUUACAUCAGAGGAGGUCAUCAAAGCAGAGGAACAGCACACAGUGGAAGAGAUUGUCACAGUAGAAGAGCCAAUCACGGUAGAGGAGCCAACGAGAGUAGAAGAGCACACCAGAGUAGAAGAGCGCACAAUAGAAGAGCCUACAAAGGUAGACCAGUCCACGAAACCAGUGGGCGAAGAGAUAGUAGAGAAAGAGUCAUUAAAGGAAAAGACGCAGACGGACUGUGCACUCGUGAUACAACCCAAACAAGCAGAAUUACCUAUAGAUGGCAAUAUACCCAGCACUCCUACGGAAGGAUUUGAUCCUUACCGUGUUUCCGCAGAAGAAAUGAACCAUAACCCAGAAUGGUUUCGACAAAAAUACAGUAAAACCCCUGAUCGUUAUCUCAAGAUCCGAAAUCACAUGUUGAGUUGUUGGCAAGCCUGUCGACCUAAAUAUUUAACCAAGACAAGUGCACGUAAAGGAUUGAAAGAUUGUGGUGAUGUCAAUGCCAUUGGUCGUGUGCAUCAGUAUUUGGAAUCCGUGGGCGCCAUCAACGUGGAUUGUAUGACACAUGCACCUCGGCCUCCUAAACGUGUACCACGUGAAAUAUACAAAGAAGACGAAGAAGAUGAGUUUGAUGCAGCCGAUUUCGUGCUGGGUUACGACGGGCCUAGAAAGAGAAAGGUGAGGAACGAACGAGGCGACUGGGUGGAUCCAAAAGAACUAGAAGGAAGAGUGAUUGAACAUGGUCAAGUGGUCGUUUCAUUAGCCGCUAAACCGAAACGUGUAAUGAAAAACGCUCAUCAAUAUUAUGGAGGCGACGAUUUCGGAAGAGGUUAUGACCCAUUUCGAUUAGUUCCAACCAGCCAUUACAACGAUACCUUAUCUGCUCCCUUUGAAGUCGAAGUGAUCAGCGACGCCUUGCUCGUGAUGGAUUUUCAUUCGCAUUUGGCACAUACAGAAAUCAUUGGAUUAUUGGGCGGAAAUUUUAUCAAACGCAAUGAACAAAAGGUGUUACAGGUAACGACGGUAUUUCCAUGUCAAAGUACAAGUACGGGCAUUCAAUGUGAGAUGGAUCCAGCGUCCGAGAUGAAGGCGCGUGAAUUGUUUUCGGAAAGAGGCUUGGAUGUCGUUGGUUGGUACCAUUCGCAUCCUACCUUUGAACCUCAUCCUAGUAUACGCGAUAUCGAAAAUCAAACUUCCUAUCAGACCUUAUUCCGUAAAGAAGAUACAGGUGAUGAGCCAUUUAUUGGUGUCAUUGUCACACCUUACGACCCCCACAUGCCUAGUGAUCAUUCUCAAAUACAAUACUUGCACAUCAGCAAAGAGUGGAACGAAUCUCAGUCAUUUCGUGUGCCAUAUGCGUGUCGUAGAACAGUGAUACAAAGCGAGCAGGUCUCGUCCGACAUCUUUCACCAACUCGUUGAACUCGUACAAGACUACAAAGACUACGAACAUAAAGAUGUUAUCUCCCUUCGGCUCACAAUCGAGGUUAGAAAAAUUACUUGAUUCAUUGAAAGCGCAUUUAUUCCUUCAUAAGGAGGAUGAAGACACUUUUAUUGAAAAAGUCAAGACAUUAAUCUUGACAAAUUUUGUUACGCAGGACGAUCAUGAUGACACAGAGAACAACAAUCGUGCAACAUCACCUUCCAGCAAUGCAUAAACGUUUUUUUUUUUCCU